AACGCCGCCGCUUUUCUCAAGCCGCACCGCUAAAUCUCCAAUAGUCCAAUCCUCUCCUCCUCGCUCCACUCGCGAGGGGCUUCGUGGUUCCACCGAUGCUCGAGCCGCAGCGCAUGCUCCGCGACGCCAGCGGCGAGCCCCCCGCCGCCGUGACCGAACCGCUCCUCGCGCACCCGCCGCAGCCCGAGCCCUCGCCGGCGGUAGGGGUCUCGCCGGAGAUAACGGACGAGGAGAUCGAGGCCGCCUCCGCCGCCUUCCGCCGCAUCUGCCUCGAGUCCGAGUCCGAGCCUGGUGAUGAGCUGAUAUCUCCCUGUAUGUGCAAGGGGACGCAGCAGUUCGUGCACCGCUCCUGCUUAGACCAUUGGAGAUCUGUUAAGGAAGGAACUGCCUUUUCACACUGCACAACAUGCAAGGCGCGAUUCCAUCUGCGGAUUGAAUUUCUGGAGGACGACAUGUGUCGUAGAAUGAAGUUCCGAUUGUUUGUUGCUAGAGAUGUCCUCCUUGUAUUCCUUGCUAUACAAGCUGCCAUCGCUGCCAUAGGUGGUAUGGCAUAUUUGUUGGAUAAAGAUGGAAAAUUCAGAAAUAGCUUUGCUGAUGAUUGGGAUCAGUUUCUGUCAAAGCAUCCGGUUCCCUUUUAUUACUGUGUUGGUGUGAUGGUGUUCUUUGUACUGGUUGGAUUUUUUGGGCUAAUAGUACACUGUUCGUCUUUCAACAAUAAUGAUCCGUGCUUGGCUGGAUGCCGUAAUUGUUGCUAUGGGUGGGGUAUACUGGACUGCUUCCCAGCUUCAAUGGAAGCUUGUUUUGCUUUUGUUGUCAUCUUUGUUAUUAUUUUUGCCAUCCUUGGAAUUGCAUAUGGCUUCUUUGCUGCAACUGUGGCCAUCCAGAGGAUCUGGCAGCGGCACUAUCACAUACUCACCAAGAAGGAGCUGACAAAGGAAUAUGUCGUGGAGGAUCUUCAAGGUGGUUACACACCGCCAAAGAUGGAUCCAGAGCACGAGCAGCGUCUGAAGAUGUUGCAGCUCAUGUAGCUUCCACUUUUGCAAAUAUUGCACGGAGAUAUCUUUUUGGUGCAUUUAGAACAUUAGCAUGAUGUACAGUGUUGAUAAACAUAUGUUCCACCCGCAAGUCCGUGUUCUGAAAUAUAAAUAGAACCGUGGUUGAAGAUCUCUUGCUGGGGGAAGAGCAUGCACCCCUAGUUAAGUGGGGGAUUUAACAUGCACCUCUUGUUCAUUUAAGAGAAUCACUUUCACAAAAUCAUGUUGGGAGCUGAAAA